AUGAAUGGGUUUACGCUUACCGAUAUACAAAAGCAAGCCUUCACCUGUCCCCACUGCUUGAAGUUAUGCUUCCUACCAGGUUUUCUGGCAAGCAGUGUUGCCCCCGUCUUGGAUUUUGGGGCCCCAGCUCCUCUGUCUCAGAGUAGCCUCAACCUCGGUGGUUUUCCACUGCCCGCAACAUCCAAGCUCUCUCUUGACAAUGUUCCCCAGAGAGUGACAGCUUUUGGUAGACCUGUUUCGCCACCCAAGCUCUCCCCUGUUCCCCAGAGAGUGACAGCUUUCGGUAGACCUGUUUCUACACCACUUGGCAACAGUACAUCAGCCUUCACUCCAGUUUUUGGGGCACCAACGAUAUCUAAUGAGCUCUUCCCUGGACAUGUUUCUCCACUACUUGGCAACGGUACAUCAGCCUUCACUCCAGCUUUCGGGGCACCGGCGCUAUCUUAUACACCCAAUCCCUCCUUGGGUAUUCCUGAAACCCCGAAACCAUCAGCUUUUAUUUCAGCAUUUGGGGCACCAGCGCUACCACACACUUCUGGUUAG